CCUAGGAGCAACUAUCAAAUGCAGCUACAGGCGCUUCUAAACCCAGCGCCCGAGCCGGAGCAGCAGCCGGCGCUGACAACCCGCAGCCGUCAGCCAUUCUCUGCACGCAGCAGGACGGUGCCCGCCCGCCGUAUGCAAUUAUCAACGACAAGGAGAGCUUUGAGCUUGCGCUAUGGCGACAGGAGUCCGGUCUUGGUCCGCCGUCUAAUCGAUUAUUAAGCGGGUCACGAUUAGCACAGUAUGCUACACUCGUGAACCCGCCGCCCGCCUAUGCGGACGCACCAUUUUACAACAAGCCCAGCGCUGCACCAGUGCCCCGUGCAAUGCCGCAACAGUCGGCGCAGCCGCAGAUUUUUGUUGCGCGGCCGCCGAUUGUUGGCCACAGCGCCAUGAGCAUGGACCGCUCGAACGACUACAUCCGCUCGGCCAACCCUGACGACGGCAUUGCCAUGGAGGGUGCGCUAGCGCUGCCCAGCAUGCCCGGUGUGCCCGGUGUGCCCAGCAUGCCUGGCGGCUCGUCACCAGCCAGCUCGUUUGCAUCGUUUACGCGCUCGCCGUCGCAGUACUCGGCCACCAGCGUGUCGCCGGUGCUGGGCAAGCGCACACGCACUGGGUGCAUAGGCAAGGGCAGCAUGGGCACAAUCGCCGAUGAGUUCGACGAUGACGAGGAUGACGAGGACGACGAGCCACAAACCGGCAGCCCGGCAGCCACUGGCCUGUCGCCGUGCCCGGCAGAGAUCCCCGUGCCCGUGCGCAAAUCCCGCAAGCUCAGUAGUGAGUCAAAUGCGCCGUGUGAGCGCAGCCCAAUGAACCCGGCCUCCUGUACCACCGAGCCGUCGGAGAAGCCGCUGGUGGACUGGGAGGCGCUGCAGGUGCCCGAGGCAAUCUGGCACGAGGCCCAGGAGCUGUACGAGCAGGUCAAGACGCUGAAGAAGGUGCAGAACCGCCAGCCGGUGCGCAAGCGCCAUGCCAUCUUGGCUGCGCUGAUGUUCAUUCUGUGUCGCCGCCACGGCUACCCGCGCACUUUUGCCGAAAUCUGCACCGCCGGCAACGUGACCAAGCGCGAAAUCGGCAUGUACUACAACCUGAUGAAGCAGGUGCUUGGCAACGAGUACACGUCCUCGCAGCGCGCGUCGCCGGCCGAGUUCGUCACGCGCUGGUGCAAUAUGCUGGAGCUGCCUGCCUGGCUCGCCCCCGCUGCCACCAAGGCGUACGACCGCGCCGACAAGCUGGGCAUUGUCCAGGGCAAGUGCCCGAUAAGCGUCAGUGCUGCGUGCAUCUGGCUGCUGGUCUGGGGCUUCAACCACAGGCACUCGCUCAGUGCCUGUGGGUUUGCGCUGCCCGAAGACACGCCGGUGUCGUCAUCGGCGCUGCCCAACCUGCCUGCCCUGGAGACAUCCGCUGGGGCGCUGGCGAAGGACCAGAAGGACGUGUGCAAGGCUGCCGGCGUGGUGAUUGCGACCUUGACCAGCGUGUUCAAGCUGCUGCUGCCCAAGCUCAGCACGCUGGUGGACGGCCUGCUGGUCGACCACCUAUGACUUUUUUUUUUUGACUUCUCGAUGCGUUCGCUGUCUUAAUUUUUUAUCGUCGAGUUAUAUUUUAUCACCCACCACCCCGCUAUC